AUGUGCUCCUUUCAUCUAUGCUGGUUCUGUUGCUCUCUGCUGCUGUUUUUCUCCCUGGGAGUCCAGGGGAUCCCAAAGGAUCCCAGCGCUGCCCCGGAGCAAGUCCACCUGUCCUACUCUGGUGAGCCAGGCUCCAUGACUGUCACCUGGACCACGUGGGUCCCAACCAGCUCUGAAGUACAGUUCGGGCUGCAGUUAUCCGGGCCCCUGCCCCUCCAGGCCCAGGGCACCUUCAGCCCCUUUGUGGACGGGGGCAUUCUCCGGCGGAAGCUCUACAUCCACCGCGUCACGCUGCGGGGGCUGCUGCCAGGGGUCCAGUAUGUUUACCGCUGUGGCAGUACUAGGGGCUGGAGCCGUCGGUUCCGCUUCAGGGCCCUAAGGAAUGGGCCCCACUGGAGCCCACGUCUGGCUGUGUUUGGGGACAUGGGGACAGACAACCCGAAGUCCCUACCCCGGCUGCGCAGGGACACUCAGCAGGGCAUGUACGAUGCUGUUCUCCAUGUGGGAGACUUUGCCUACAACAUGGAUCAGGACAACGCUCGCGUUGGUGACGAGUUCAUGCGGCUCAUCGAACCUGUGGCUGCCAGCCUCCCGUACAUGACGUGCCCAGGGAAUCAUGAGGAGCGCUACAACUUCUCUAACUACAAGGCUCGCUUCAGCAUGCCGGGGAACAACGAGGGGCUGUGGUACAGCUGGGACCUGGGCCCUGCGCAUAUCAUCUCCUUCUCCACCGAGGUCUAUUUCUACCUCCAUUACGGCAAACACAUGGUAGAGAGUCAGUUUCACUGGCUGGAGAGAGACCUCCAGAAAGCCAAUAAGAACAGGGCAGCUCGGCCGUGGAUCAUCACCAUGGGUCACCGGCCCAUGUACUGCUCCAACGCCGAUGUGGAUGACUGCACGUGGCAUGAAAGCAGGGUUCGAAAAGGCCUCUACGGCAAGUUAUUUGGAUUAGAGGAUCUUUUCUACAAAUACGGAGUCGACCUGCAGCUGUGGGCUCAUGAGCACUCAUAUGAACGGCUGUGGCCAAUUUACAACUACCAGGUAUUUAACGGCAGCCAAGAGAUGCCCUACACCAACCCUCGAGGCCCUGUACACAUCAUCACAGGAUCCGCUGGCUGCGAGGAGCGACUGACCCGCUUCACCCUCUUCCCUCGGCCUUGGAGCGCCGUGCGGGUGAAGGAGUACGGCUACACGCGGCUACACAUCCUCAACGGGACCCACGUCCACAUCCAGCAGGUGUCCGAUGACCAGGAUGGGAAGAUUGUGGAUGACGUGUGGGUGGUGAGACCCCUGCUCCACCGGAUGAUGUACCUCUAGGGAUGGGGCAGCUCAGAGCCUUGCCACCUUGGCUUGUAUAACCGGACACUACCCAGGCCCGGCUGGGGGGUCAGGGCGGGCCUCGACUCCCCUGCCUUCCUGAGGGCCCCUGUGGGUGAACGCAGCCCUGAGGGAGCUGGGCAGCUCUCCCCUCCUGGAGAGGUGGGGGGUCCUGGGGCUGUGUUGGAGGGCAGUUGUGGACAGACAGACACACAGGUGGGUGGCACCGCCCUGCCCUGCUGCAUAGCACUGACUGGGCGGGGUGCCCACAGGGCCUCGGGAAUAAAGAGGCUUAUGGCUGCGGCUCCGGGGACUCUGCACUUCUGCUGGGGAUGCCCGCUGGGGCGCCCCCCAUCGUGCUUGUGGGGGGCGAGAGGCAUCGCCAGCCCCAAGUGGGCAAGGUGGGCACGGCUGUCAUGACACCACUGUCCAGCAGGUGGCAACAGUGACUUUCUCCCCCUAGGCCAGCCCUCAGUGCGCCAAAAGCCAAAAAGUGCUAAGGACUGUCUGUCCGUUUGUGCCACAGUGUCCCAGCCUGACACUGCCUUAUCCUGGAAGCUGAGAAGUGCUAACUUGCCCGCCUCCCAGCUGGGGUGGCAGAUAAGCCUUAGGUGCUCACAGCCCUGCGUUUGCCCCCCCUUUUCCCUCCUUCCCGUUUCCCAUCUUCCUUUCAUUUAUUGACUGUUAUUUAUUCAGCACCUACCAUGUGCCAGACCCUGUUCUCAGUACUGGGAGACAGCCAUGAACAGGAUAGAGACCUCUGCCCUAGUGGAGCUGACGUUCUAUCCAGGUGACAGACUGUAAACCCAAUAAAUAAGUAAAAUAUA